CUGCCCGUCACAGGGGCUGUGAAGUACCUGGAGUGCUCGGCGCUGACCCAGCGGGGCCUGAAGACCGUGUUCGACGAGGCCAUCCGGGCCGUGCUCUGCCCCCCGCCCGUGAAGAAGAGGGGGAAGAGAGCUGACAAGAUGACCGUUGCCAUGGCAACACGGCGAAGCAAGGGCAACCGUUUACAGACAUUUCUGCAGGGAUGCUGCAGGACAGAGGGCAGAAGCAGGUGUUUUCUGCUGGCCGUGGCUCAGCAGGGCAGGGCCUCUGUCCCAGGCUCUCCUCAGGAUCUGCCUUUACUCUGGAAACCUGAUCCUCAUGUCCCGGUCCAUCAGUAA